CGACUCAGUAAAGACUUAUUUCAUUUAGAUAUAGGUCCAUAAGAGCCGCUGAGCUUCUGCAGCGUGAACAGAGUUACUUAAAAGGUGAUAACAAAUUUUCAGGUUAUUAUUGUAAACCUAUGGAGUGCCACAGUUGAGUUUCUUACUCAGUUUUUGACGCGGAAUAAGAAAAAAUAGUUUUGAAACUAUAGAAAAAUCAGAAAAAAAAAUAUGCUUGCAUUUCUCCAAAAUGGACCUUUUUUUGAAAAACAGGGCCAAAUCAGUGUUUUGAUUUUUUUUUAAUGUAAAAGCCUUUCAAAAAACCUUACAAACACUUCCAAAGAAUUUAAAACAAAAACUGGAAAUACUUCAGCUUGUCGUCGGCAUUUGUUUUCAGUUCAUCAUCUUAAAGAAUUUGCACUCUCCGGUGGUAUGAAUGCACAGCUAUCAAUAACACCAUUAAAAAAGAGAGAAUUGAAUCAGUUAUGCAUAGAAGGCAUCAUCAAAGACGGUCGUUCAUUUGGAGAUUUGAGAAGAAGUGGUAUGAUGGAAAUUAUCAAUGGACUCCAGGUAAUUACUUCGAUACACAUUAAACUCUGAGAGUUUUAGCCUGUACACAGAUGAUUUUGGGUUCAGAUCGCACGGUCUCAAUGUAUAAUUCUUUUGAUACAUCGUUUUUCGUAGGGAAAGCAUACUUUCUUUGGGACAGUUAUUUUUUAACAGAAAAAGUUGGCGGUGCUUAGAGUAGAGAGUCCACUUUCCGGGUAAAAAGUGUGGGCAUCAACUCCAGUCUCUUUCCUCUUUCUGGCAGACUUGCCUCUGAGAGAAAACGCAUUUUAGUUUCGAUGAAAUUGGUCUUCUAUUAACUGGAACUCUUCUGAAAUUAUCAAAGAAAAAGACCUAUAUGCGGUUAAUACACGUACUGGGUUUACCCAAAUUUUUUCUUUUAAAAUCAUUCUAUAAGACACUCAUUAUUCUGACCAUUCUGUACGCUUUCAGGCUUUCG